UGCAGCUCCAGCACCUCCGGCUGCAGCUCCGGCACCGCCGGCUGCAGUUCCAACACCUCCGGCUGCAGCUCCGGCACCGCCGGCUGCAGUUCCAACACCUCCGGCUGCAGCAGCUGCAGCUCCUCCAGCAGCUCCAGUGCUUCCUUCAGCGGCUCCGGGGCGAUGAGCGCGGCGCGGCCGCGGGCGCAGGAGGCGCCGAGCCGGGGCGAGGUUGACGGGGAGAUGCCGGCCACCGAGAAGGACCUGGCGGAGGAUGCGCCCUGGAAGCGCAUCCAGCAGAACACCUUCACCCGCUGGUGCAACGAGCACCUCAAGUGCGUGCAGAAGCGAGUGGGCAACCUGCAGACCGACCUGGGCGACGGGCUGCGCCUCAUCGCGCUGCUCGAGGUGCUCAGCCAGAAGAAGAUGGGCAGAAAGUACAACGCCAGACCCACCUUCCGCCAGAUGCAGCUCGAGAACGUCUCGGUGGCCCUCGAGUUCCUCGAGAGGGAGAACAUCAAGCUCGUCUCCAUCGACAGCAAAGCGAUCGUGGACGGGAACCUGAAGCUGAUCCUGGGGCUGAUCUGGACGCUGAUCCUGCACUACUCCAUCUCCAUGCCCAUGUGGGACGAGGAGGAUGAGGAGGAGGCCAAACGCCAGACGCCCAAGCAGCGCCUGCUGGGCUGGAUCCAGAACCGCCUGCCCCAGCUGCCCAUCACCAACUUCAGCAAGGACUGGCAGAGCGGCCGUGCCCUGGGCGCCCUGGUCGAUAGCUGUGCACCCGGCCUGUGCCCCGACUGGGACUCGUGGGACCCCAGCAAACCCGUGGACAACGCGCGGGAGGCCAUGCAGCAGGCGGACGAGUGGCUGGGCAUCCCCCAGGUGAUCACGCCCGAGGAGAUCGUGGACCCCAACGUGGACGAGCACUCGGUCAUGACCUACCUGUCCCAGUUCCCCAAGGCCAAGCUGAAACCGGGGGCCCCCCUGCGCCCCAAACUCAACCCUAAAAAAGCACGAGCCUAUGGCCCUGGCAUCGAGCCGACGGGGAAUAUGGUGAAGCAGCAGGCAGAGUUCACAGUGGAGACGAUCAGUGCCGGGCAGGGCGACGUCCUGGUCUACGUGGAGGAUCCCGCUGGGCAUCGUGAAGAGGCGAAAGUGGUGGCCAACAACGACAAAACCCGCACCUUCUCCGUCUCCUACGUCCCCAAAGUCACCGGCGUCCACAAGGUGACGGUGCUCUUUGCGGGGCAGCAUAUCGCUAAGAGCCCCUUCGAGGUGCAGGUGGGCCGUGCAGCGGGCGAUGCGGGGCGCGUGUCGGCGCAGGGCCCGGGCCUCGAGCCCGUGGGCAACGUGGCCAACAAGAGCACCUACUUCGACAUCUUCACUGCUGGUGCGGGCCCUGGCGAGGUCGAGGUGUCCAUCGUGGACCCCAGCGGACGCCGCGGGAUAGUGGAGCCGGUGCUGGAGCCGCGCGGUGACGGCGCCUUCCGCUGCACCUAUCGCCCCACGGCCGAGGGGUCCCACACCGUGCACGUCUCCUUCGGGGGAGCCCCCAUCCCGCGCAGCCCCUUCACCGUCAACGUGGGGCAGGCCUGCACGCCGUCGGCGUGCCGCGCCGUGGGGCGGGGGCUGCAGCCCAAGGGGCUGCGCGUGCAGGAGACGGCGGACUUCAAGGUGCACACGAAGGGCGCGGGCAGCGGCGAGCUGCGCGUCGGCGUCCGCGGGCCCAAGGGCGCGGAGUCGGUGAAGCAGACGGAACUCGGCGACGGUGUCUUCGGCUUUGAGUAUUUCCCCACUGUGCCCGGAACUUACACGGUGUCAGCGACGUGGGGCGGGCAGCACAUCCCGCGCAGCCCCUUUGAGGUGCGGGUGUCCCCCGGCGGCGGAGCCCCCCGCGUGAGGGCCUGGGGGCCCGGCCUGGAGGGCGGCGUGGCCGGCAAGGCCGCCGACUUCGUGGUGGAGGCCAUCGGCGAUGACGUGGGCACGCUCGGUUUCUCGGUGGAGGGGCCCUCGCAGGCGAAGAUUGAGUGCGACGACCGUGGGGACGGCUCGUGCGACGUGCGGUACUGGCCGCAAGAGCCCGGCGCCUACGCCGUCCAUGUCCUCUGCGACAACGAGGACAUCGCCCGCAGCCCCUUCAUGGCCGACAUCCGCCCCGCCACCCGAGACUCCUUCCCUGAGAAGGUGAAGGCUCACGGACCGGGGCUGGAGAAGACGGGGGUGGCCAUCAACAAACCUGCCGAGUUCACCGUGGACGCCAAAAACGGGGGCAAAGGACCCCUCAAAGUGCAGAUGCAGGAUGCUGAGGGCAACCCAGUGGAUGUGGCAGUGAGGGACAACGGCGACGGCACCUUCCGCUGCUCCUACGUCCCCAAGAAGCCGCUCAAGCACACGGCUGUGGUGUCGUGGGGCGGCGUCAGUGUCCCCAACAGCCCCUUCCGGGUGGGUGUAGGGGCCGGCAGCCACCCCCACAAGGUGAAGGUCUACGGCCCUGGCGUGGCUAAGACCGGCCUCAAGGCCCACGAACCCACUCACUUCACCGUGGACUGCGCUGAGGCCGGGCAGGGGGACGUGAGCAUCGGGAUCAAGUGUGCCCCAGGCGUGGUUGGCCCAGCUGAGGCCGACGUCGACUUCGACAUCAUCCGCAACGACAACGACACCUUCACCGUGCGCUACACGCCGCGCGGCGCCGGGAACUACACUAUCAUGGUGCUCUUCGCCGACCAGGCCACCCCCACCAGCCCCAUCCGGAUCAAGGUGGACCCUGCGCACGACGCCAGCAAGGUGAAGGCGGAGGGGCCCGGCCUCAGCCGCACCGGUGUGGAGCUGGGGAAACCCACGCACUUCACGGUGAACACCAAGGCCGGCGGCCGUGCGGCUCUGGACGUGCAGGUGACCGGGAGCGGAAAGGGCGAGGCCGUGCGGGACCUGGAGGUGAUCGACAACCACGACGGCACCCACACCGUCACCUACACCCCCGUACAGCAGGGCACGCUGGGGGUGUCGGUGUCGUACGGGGGGGACCCGAUCCCCAAGAGCCCCUUUGCCGUCGCGGUGUCGCCUGGCCUCGACUUGGGCAAGAUCUGCAUCACCGGCCUGGACGAGCCCCUGGAGGUGGGCAAAGAGACCGAGGUGACGGUGUCGGCGCCGCCGGAGCGAGUUGGGGUGCGCCUGACGGGCCCGGGGGGACAGGCAGUGCCGUGCACCCCCGAGCCGGGGUCCCCCCAGAACAGCACCCGCCUGCGCCUGCGGCCCCGCGCCCCCGGCCCCCACCGCCUGGAGCUCAGCCUCGACGGACACCCCCUGCCCGGCAGCCCCUUCGCCCUCGAGGCGCUGCCCCCCCCGGACCCCAGCAAGGUGCGCGCCUUCGGGCCGGGGCUGCAGGGCGGCCAGGCCGGGGUGCCGGCGCCGUUCACCAUCGACACCAAAGGCGCGGGCACGGGCGGGCUGGGGCUGACCGUGGAGGGCCCGUGCGAGGCCAAGAUCGAGUGCCAGGACAACGGCGAUGGCACCUGCGCCGUCUCCUACCUCCCCACCGAACCCGGCGACUACAACAUCAACAUCCUCUUCGCCGGCACCCACGUGCCGGGCUCGCCGUUCCGUGCCGCUGUGCGCGCGCCGUUCGACGCCUCCAAGGUGACGUGUUCGGGGCCGGGUUUGGAAAGCGCCACGGCCGGGCAGCCGGGUCAGUUCCGCGUGGACUGCAGCCGCGCCGGCACAGCCGAACUCACCAUUGGCAUCACGUCGGAAGCGGGCGCUCACGCUGAGGUGCGCGUGGAGGAUAACGGCGACGGCACCUACACCAUCGCCUACACGGCGCUCAGCCCCGGUGUCUACACCAUCACCGUGGAGUACGGCGGGCAGCCCGUGCCGCACUUCCCCAGCAAGGUGCGCGUGGAGCCGCCCUGCGACACCGCUGCCGUCAAGGUGUACGGGCCCGGCGUGGACGGCAAAGGUGUUUUCCGGGAGGCCGUGACGGCGUUUGAGGUGGACGCGCGGGCGCUGGGCCCGGCCGGGGGCCCUCACGUCAAGGCCCGCGUCGUCAACCCCUCGGGCAACAGCACCGAGACCUUCGUGGAGGAUCGUGGCGAUGGCACCUACCACGUGGAGUACACGCCCUACGAGGAGGGUGUGCAUACGGUGGAGGUGAGCUACGGCGGCAGCCCCGUGCCCCACAGCCCCUUCCGCGUCCCCGUCACCGAGGGCUGCGACCCCAGCCGCGUGCGCGUCCACGGCCCCGGCCUGCAGGGCGGCACCACGCACCGGCCCAACCGCUUCACCGUGGAGACCCGGGGUGCCGGCACGGGGGGCCUGGGGCUGGCGGUGGAGGGUCCCUCGGAGGCCAAGAUGUCAUGCACGGACAACAAAGAUGGCAGCUGCUCCGUGGAAUACAUCCCCUACGAGCCCGGCACCUACAGCCUCAACGUCACCUACGGUGGCCACCAGGUCCCCGGGAGUCCCUUCAAGGUGCCGGUGACGGACGUGGUGGACGCCUCCAAGGUGAAAUGCGCAGGGCCGGGAUUGACGCCGGGCGCCGUCAGGGCCAACGUCCCCCAGGCCUUCACCGUCGACACCAGCAAAGCCGGCGUUGCCCCGCUGGAUGUUAAGGUCCAGGGCCCCAAAGGUGUGGUGGAACCCGUGGAGGUGGUGGACGCCGGGGACGGGACGCGGCGCGUCAGCUACGUCCCCUCCCGCGAAGGGCCGUACAGCAUCGCCGUGCGCUACGGCGACGAGGAGGUGCCGCGCAGCCCCUUCAAGGUGAAGGCGCUGCCCACGCACGACGCCAGCAAAGUGAAGGCGAGCGGCCCAGGCCUCAACACGACCGGCGUCCCCGCCAGCCUCCCCGUCGAGUUCACCAUCGACGCCACCGACGCCGGCGAGGGGCUCUUGGCCGUGCAGAUCACGGAUCCCGAGGGGAAGCCGAAGAAGGCCUCGAUCCGGGAUAACCAGGACGGCACCUACACGGUAUCCUACGUGCCGGACAUGACGGGGCGCUACACCAUUCUCAUCAAAUACGGUGGCGAUGAGAUCCCGUACUCGCCGUACCGCAUCCGCGCCGUGCCCGCCGGCGACGCUAGCAAGUGCACCGUCACUGUCUCCAUCGGAGGGCACGGCUUAGUCACCGCUGGCCCCGCAGGAGCCGGGGUGGGCCCCACCAUCCGUCUCGGCGAGGAGACGGUGAUCACGGUGGACGCCAAGGCGGCCGGCAAGGGCAAAGUGACGUGCACGGUGUGCACUCCCGACGGCUCCGAGGCCGACGUGGACGUGGUGGAGAACGCCGACGGCACCUUCGACAUCUUCUACACCGCCCCUCAGCCCGGCAAAUACGUCAUCUGCGUGCGCUUCGGCGGAGAGCACAUCCCCAACAGCCCCUUCCAGGUCACGGCGACGGAGCGGGCGAUGCUGGGCGUCAACGGCCUGGACAUGGCCGGACUGCGGCCCUUCGACCUCGUCAUCCCCUUCACCAUCAAGAAAGGCGAAAUCACCGGGGAGGUGCGGAUGCCCUCGGGGAAGGUGGCCAAGCCGGACAUCACGGACAACAAGGACGGGACGGUGACCGUGCGGUUUGCGCCCUCCGAAGCGGGACUGCACGAGAUGGACAUCCGCUACGACAGCGUCCCCAUCCCCGGCAGCCCCCUGCAGUUCUACGUGGACUACGUGAACAGCGGUCACGUCACGGCCUACGGCCCCGGCCUCACCCACGGCACCGUCAACAAACCCGCCGCCUUCACCGUCAACACCAAGGACGCCGGCGAGGGGGGGCUGUCUUUGGCGGUGGAAGGCCCCUCCAAGGCCGAGCUGAGCUGCACGGACCACCAGGACGGGACGUGCAGCGUCUCCUACCUCCCGGUGCUGCCCGGCGACUACAGCAUCGCCGUCAAAUACAACGAGGAGCAUAUUCCAGGGAGCCCCUUCACCGCCCGCAUCACCGGAGACGACAGCCUCCGCCUGUCCCACCUGAAGGUGGGGGCGGCCGCCGAGAUCCCCCUGGACAUCGGCGAGAGCGACCUCGGGCAGCUCAGCGCCAGCGUCACCGCGCCCUCCGGCCGCCAGGAGCCCGCGCAGCUCAAGCGCCUGCGCAGCGGCCAUGUUGGGCUCUCGUUCGUGCCGCAGGAGGUGGGCGAGCACCGGGUGCAGCUGUGGCGGGGGGGGCAGCCGCUGCCCUGCUCCCCCAGCACCAUCACCAUCAGCCAAGCGGAGCUGGGGGACGCCAGCCGCGUGCACGUAGCCGGGCCCGGCCUACGCGAGGGACGCACCUUCCAGCCCGCGCACUUCACCAUCGACACCCGCGACGCCGGGUACGGGGGGCUCAGCCUGGCCAUCGAGGGGCCCAGCAAGGUGGAUAUCGGCACCGAGGAGCUGGAGGAUGGCACGUGCCGCGUCACCUACUGCCCCACCGAGCCCGGCAACUACAUCGUCUCCGUCAAGUUCGGCGACCAGCAUGUGCCCGGGAGCCCCUUCUCCGUGAAGGUGACGGGCGAGGGGCGUCUGCGGGAGAGCAUCACCCGCCGGCGCCGUGCGCCCCCCGAAACCGGCGUGGGGACCCCCUGCGACCUCAGCCUCAAGAUGCCCGAGCUGAUCCCCCACGAGGUGACGGCGUCGGUGACGGGUCCGUCGGGACAGACGGUGUCGGCGCAGGUGGUGGAAGGCGAGGCGGGUGCCUACGGUAUCCGUUUUGUGCCGACCGAGACCGGCGUCCACUCGGUCAGCGUGAAGGACCGGGGCCAGCACGUCCCUGGCAGCCCCUUCCAGUUCACCGUAGGGCCGCUGGGAGAAGGUGGCGCCCACAAAGUCCGUGCGGGGGGACCGGGCCUUGAACGCGCCGAAGCCGGCGUGCCAGCCGAGUUCAGCAUCUGGACGCGCGAGGCGGGUGCUGGCGGGCUCUCCAUCGCCGUCGAGGGCCCCAGCAAAGCCGAGAUCGCCUUCGAGGACCGCAAAGAUGGAUCCUGUGGCGUCUCCUAUGUCGUCCAGGAACCUGGUGAUUACGAGGUGUCGGUGAAGUUCAACGAGGAACACAUUCCGGACAGCCCUUUCGUGGUGACGGCCACCCCGACCUGUGACGAUGCGCGGCGCCUCACUGUUUCUAGCCUUCAGGAGUCGGGGCUCAAGGCGCACCAGCCGGCCUCCUUCGCCGUCAGCCUCAACGGGGCGCGGGGGGUGCUGGACGCCAAAGUCCACGGCCCAUCCGGGGCGCUCGAGCCCUGCCACGUCUCCGAGGUCUCCGAAGACAAGUACGCGGUGCGGUUCAUCCCCCGUGAAAAUGGGGUUCACACCAUCGACGUGACGUUCCAGGGCUCCCCGAUUCCCGGGAGCCCCUUCAAAGUGCGCGUCGGGGAGCCCGGCCAAGUGGGGGACCCCGGGCUGGUGCACGCCUACGGCCCCGGCCUCGAGGGGGGCACCACAGGGUCUCCGGCGGAGUUCGUGGUGCAGACGGCGGGCGCGGGCCCGGGGGCGCUGGCGGUGGCGGUCGAGGGUCCCUCCAAGGUGAAGUUGGAGUGCACCGAGAGCCCCGAGGGGCACCGCGUCUCCUACACCCCCAUGGCGCCCGGCAGCUACCUCAUCGCCGUCAAGUUUGGGGGUACCCACAUUGCCGGCAGCCCCUUCAAGGCCAAGAUCACCGGGCCGCGCCUGGUGAGCAGCCACAGCCUCCGCGAGAGCUCCUCGGUGCUGCUGGAGGCAGGGGCGGGCCGGGCCGAGGUGGCAGCAGCCGGGGCUGCACCCCAAAUCCCGCAGGGGCCCCCCAAAUUCGCUUCUGACGCCUCCAGAGUGGUGGCCAAAGGGCUGGGGCUCAGCAAGGCCUUCGUGGGACAGAAGAACUCCUUCACCGUCGACUGCAGCAAAGCCGGGACGAACAUGCUGCUGGUGGGGGUUCAGGGCCCGCGGACGCCCUGCGAGGAGAUCGUUGUCAAGCACUUGGGCCACCAACUCUACAACGUGGGCUACCUGCUGCGGGAGCGGGGCGAGUACCUCCUCGUCGUCAAGUGGGGGGACCAGCACAUCCCCAACAGCCCCUUCCGCAUCUGCGUGCCCUGAGGGGGGACCCCAAAAAACCUGGGGACCCCCCAAAAAAAAAAAAUGACACCCCCAAAACCCUCCCACGGCGCCCCAAGGUUGACCCCCCUGAGAUCGGAGACAACUGCGAGGUUGGAGGAGGGGCUUAAGAUUUGGGGAACCCCUCGAGAUUUGGGGACCCCACCCCUGGUUUUGGGGACCCCCCACACACUUUAUGGAUGCCUGAGAUUGGGGAUACCCCAAAAUUGAGGGGAGCCCCCCGAGAAUGGAGACAGCCCCAAGAUGUGGGGGGUUCCCCAGGUUGGAGACCCCUCUCCCAAGUUUGGAGACAACUCCAAGAUUUGGGGGGAGUCCCUGGAGAUUUGGGGACCCCCUCACACUUUAGAUGGACCCCCCCCCUGAGAUUGGGGACCCUCUCACGAUUGGGGAGAGCCCCCCCCCACUUUGGGGUCACCUCGCUUGACGUUUGGAAACAACCACAAGAUCAAGGGGAACCCCCACUUUGGGACCCCCUGAAGCUUUGGGGUCACCCCCCCCCCAAGUAUGGAGAAAACCCACAAGAUUGGGGUGUCCCCCCCCUGUUUUGGGGACCCCCCCUAAAGAUGGGGGGGGGCAAGUUUGGAAAUAACCACAAGAUUUGGGGGGGG